AUGAUGGAAUCCGAAAGUCCAAAUGCUAAUACAUUUGAUCCAACUCCAUCACGAGAGUCCAUUUCAUUAAAUGAUAGGGCAGAAAUUGAUUAUGCUUUGGAGCAUAUUUUCCUUAAAGUUGAUUCUCUUAAUGGAUCAAAGUCAAUGACAUGUCUUUAUUGUCAAAAGACUUUUAAAGGGGGAGGGAUUAAUAGGAUGAAACAACAUCUUACCCAAAGGAAAGGUGAGAUUGCAAUUUGUCGUAAAGUACCCCAUGAUGUAAGGUUCAAAAUGGAGCAAACGUUGAAUGAAAUUAAUGAACGAAAAAGAAGUGAAAAGCAACCAUUGAAUUUUGUUGACACUAGAGCACAGUGUGGAAGGAAUGAUAAUGAUGAUGAUGUUGAGAUUAGAGAACUAGAUCCACUUAGUACACAUGAUACUUAUCAAGGGAAAAAACCAACUACAUCAUCGGGAAAGGGGAAAGCAUCUUCAGGGCUAAUAACUAGACAUUUUGCUCCAUGGACCACUCCAGAUGCACAACCUGGAAUUAAGAGUGUAUUGACAUCUAAGGGAGCAAUUAAUCAUGUGGACCGUGCUGUUAUGAAGUGGUUGUGUGAUGCUUGUAUUCCCUUGAAUGCUUUGCCUUCAAAAUAUUUUCAACAUAUAUUGGAUGCCCUUGCUACUAUUGACCCACAGUACAAAGCUCCUUCAUAUCAUAAUUGUAAGACCAAUUUGUUGAAGGAUUUAGUUCAGGAGGUGCAAAUGUUAACUGAUAAACUCUGUAAGGAUUGGGCUACAUAUGGUUGCACUAUAAUGGCUGACGGUUGGACAGAUACACGUAGCCGGACAUUGAUUAAUUUUUUAGUGUAUUUUCCUAUAGGAACUACAUUUGCAAAAUCUGUAGAUGCUUCUGAAACAAUCAAGAGUACAGAGCAUUUAAUUCUAUUGUUUAAGGAAGUUAUUGAGUGGGUAAAAUCAGAAAAUGUUGUUCAAGUAGUCACUAACAAUGCUGCAAAUUAUGUUGCUGUAGGAAGAUUGUUGGAAACAAAAUUUCCAUGGAUAUAUUGA